CACUGUCAGGAUGGUGAAACGAACGGUGAACGACGACGAUCAUCAUUCGCGACUCACGCCCAGCGCGCCGAGUCGCGGGUGAGAAGAAAACAAUGCUUGGACCGAGCUUGGAAUCAGGGCUCCCCAACGCAGCAGCAGCAGCAGCAGCAGCGACGACAUCGCGCGAAGACACAGUGUAUAUAAGAGCAUAGGCCUCGAGUUUCUGAAGAACAGUCUUUCCAGUACUUCAAUCACGACUUUACGACCUUCUUUCAGAAACCUAUACCACAUCAUGGCCGUCCGUAUUCCAGCCAGCCUGCACCGUAGCGGUCUUCGCCCUUAUCUCGCAGAAUUCGUUGGCACUCUUCUGCUCAUUCUUAUCGGUGACGGUGUUGUUGCCCAAGCUGUUCUUACAGACUUUUACUACGCCAACUUCCUUUCCGUCAACUUGGCCUGGGCCUCUGCUGUCGCUCUCUCCUGCUAUGUCGGCGCCGCCGUGAACCCUGCCAUCACUCUUGCCUCUGCCAUUAUCCGCCCUACCAAGCAACAAUGGGCUCAACUUCCUGGAAAGGUGGCCGCUCAGUUCCUCGGUGCCUUCGUUGGUGCUGCUUUGGUCUACUUGCAGUACAGAUCUGCCAUCAAGGCUUGGGACCCUGAGUUUACUGUUCCUGGUGGUUCUAUCUUGUCGCCUCAAGGUCACCACUCUGCUGGUAUCUUCGCUACCUACCCUGCUGCCCACUUCGGUUCCAACUGGGAGGCUGCCAUCACCGAGUUCCUUGGUGCUUCUCUUCUCGCCUUUGGUGCUUCUGCAGUUGCCGAUCCCAAGAACGAGGGUCUCAAGGCUCCUCAAUUCAUGAUGUUUGCUUUGAUGGUCGCUAUUGGUGCUUCCAUGGGAUGGCAAACUGGUUACGCCGUCAACCCUGCUCGCGACUUUGGUCCUCGUCUUUUCUCUGCCAUUGUCUACGGCCGCGAGGUCUUCUCUGCCAAGGGCUUCUACUUUGUUGUCCCUCUCUUCGUCCCUAUCUUUGGCGCUAUCGCCGGAGCUGGUAUCUACGAUGCUUUCAUGUUCGAGGGCGAGGGUUCCGCAGUCGCUGAUGCCUUGGACGCCGCCGAGGGCCAUGAUGGUCGUAUCAGCCUGGACUAAGCGCUCACUAUUACUUGCUUGAAAGAUGUUGAGGUUCUGUCAGCAACGAGUCGUGCUGGAAGCUGAAUUGGAGCUAUGGAUCUGACGUAUUAUAGUGGAAAUGUCUGAUGGCAUAUUCGAUGUUAUGGACUUCAUGAUGUUUUGACAUGUGGAGAUGAUGACGG